AUUUUGGCUCGCUUUCGGACAGAGAAUCAAAUUCGUGUUCGUGUCUUGAACCAGAGCAGCGGCGGAUUCAGGAGGUGGGACACAGAAUUCUGAUGUGAGGGCCGUGGGAAUCCAUGGCCGGUCAAGGAGCCAGUGUGCUGCUUAUGAGUGGCGGAUUGGAAAGUGCUACAAUUUUGUGGCAUUGGAAGCGUUCCGCGCGCCUGUUUCCUCUAUUCGUCAAUUAUGGGCAGAGAGGAGCGCAGAUGGAGGAGCGCGCUAGCGAGAAGCUCUGCAGCCAACUGGAAAUCGAGCUAUCUAAAUUUGACUUGAGCAAAGUAGGAGAUUCUUUUCGUGCUUUGCAGCACCCCACCCGUCUUCACGUUCCCGUACCCAACAGAAACCUGCUUCUUUUGGCGCUUGGAGCCAGCUAUGCAUCUCAGGUUGGAGCAGACACACUAGCCUUGACUCUGAAUAAAGACGACCUUGGGACUUAUUCAAGCUCCUCGCAAUCAUUUGUGAAUAGUUUCCGUGCCACUGCCGCCGUACUUGACCCACCUAUUGAAGUAGUUGCUCCUCUAAGCCACUUCACGAAAGCAGAGGUUGUACGAUUCGCAAACGACUUAGGCGUGCCUCUGUCUGAUACUUACAGCUGCAUGAUAGGUCGUGCCCAUCACUGUGGACGUUGCUCACAGUGCAAACUGAGACGAGAGGCGUUCUUGUCUGCUAGAGUGAGUGAACCUCCAGACUUUUACGAAUAAAAAUGACAGGACAGGAGAUUUCCGACAGGGAUUUCGUUCACGUUGUAAAACUUUCGGUUCUCGCGAGUGCACGCCCUUCUCGCUUUAGAGACUAGAGUGUUUGUCAACACAACCUUGUGUUCCUAAUGCAACCAAGUCUGUUGUUAUACUAUUCGUCGAAGAGGAAAUUUGGAAGUCUGAUGCAUGUAAAUUAGCCAACAGAAUCUAGAAACAUAAAGCUAUCACCAGACUUGUGUCGGAGGGUGGAUCUUUGCUGAGCAGGGAAGAGUAGAUGUGUUUAUUGUCGUACUUCCAUUUUCAUUCACUCCGGCAUGUGAAAAUUAUAUCAGACAAGCUUUUGAGAGACUCUUUUCGGCAAAACUAUUUCUGUUUAUUCAGAAGACAUUUGUAAGUACUAAUGAAUGGUUAGCUGUAUUGGGUAUGAAUGAUGGAGGUGGCCACGAAAGUGGCCAUCCAACCAUUCGCUCAACAAAUGAAACAUUUGAUCUCUCUACAAACGAAUGUUGGAGGCUUUAUGAUUGAGAACCGAACUUUCAUCCUGUGUCGUCGCGAGAAUGACAACAUUUUUUGCCGAGCUAACAGGGUCUACGCAUUUUUGUGUUUAGAGGAGGCUCUCGGUAAGUGCCAACGCUCUCCACGGCUUUCCUCACUGGCCUCCCACUUCCAGAGACCAGAGUGUUGUACACCCUCCUGGAGAAGUGUGGUGCUGAGGAUGAACUGGUGGAUUUUUGUAGCUCUGGGGCGACUAGGUUCACUUUAUUCGUUUUGAAGGGCUGUAGUCCCUUGGCAGAGGAAACGCUAAUUUCUGAGCUCCUGUUAGAGAGACUACAAGCAGUUGCAUCAUCCGUUCUACUACUAUUUGACUCGCUUGUAAGUAGACUUCUGGAAACGUUCUCACUAUGUGGGGAACUUGAGGUAGUGUUUGCUGAGUUGCAAGGAGAAUACUCUUCCUCGCAGACCUCCGCCAUAGGCUCAAGCCCAAUUAGAUCACUGUAUCUAUUGAUGUGUCUAAUCGAUCCAGGGGCGGGUUGGGUGUUGAGUUUUAGUUUAGGCACAGCUUCUUUCGAAACUACGACACGUCC